AUGGCGAGCCCGUCUGCGCCGUUCAUGUCCGCCGUAGACCCAUUUCACUUCGAGCCCCAGUCCCCUCCGACGACAUCCAUCUCGCUCGCGAACGGCCUCCCGCCCUUCCCGUUCACCUCCGCCCCUCCUCAACUUCCAUCCUCUCAGAGCCGCGUUUCUCCAGCGCUGUACUCGCCCCACUCAGCAGCCUCAACAGCCUCCAUCGCACAAUCUAUCGCCCCAUCACUCGGUCCACGCAGUCCCUUUCCCGCUCACGAGUCGGAGAACAUGGAGGGGAUCUUGCCGGGUGAGCCGAGGGGCGCUGGGGGAGCGGUCACGGAGGCGAUGAGCAGGAUGGAGGUCGAGGACGAGUUGAGGAGGGGGCCGCCCACGUCCGAUACGCCAGGUGGAGAUUGCAGGAAUGUCUGUAUUCGUCAUGCGAGGAUGGCGAAUGGCGCGACCAACCUCAUGCUUCAGAAGUCCCUCGAGAACCUCGCGCCGCACGAGCAGCAGGCCGUCAACACGAUCUGGUCGCUCUUCUCCUCCUCGCCCUCGAAGCGGCGCCUCCUCAUCCUUCGCGGCCUCCUCACCAUCGCCUGUCCCUCCCAACUCUCCUUCCUUCAAGAAGCCCUCGCACUCGAGAUGCGCCUCGACCCCGUCGAGCUCCUCCCGCGCGAAGUGACGCUCAAAAUCUUCGGCUACCUCGAUGCGAUCUCGCUCGGACGGGCGGCGCAGGUUUCUCGUGCAUGGAAGGGCAUGGCAGACGACGACUUGCUGUGGCGCACGAUGUGCGAGCAGCAUAUCGAGCGCAAGUGCGAGAAGUGCGGGUGGGGAUUGCCGCUUCUGGGCGAGAGGAGGAGGAAGGCGAGGCUCGCGAUGAAUUCGUUGCCGGCGAGUCGGGCGGGCGAGGUCAGUCGCGGCAGGGACAGCGACGUCAGACGGAUGCUCGAGGAUACGGCGACUUCUGCCGCGCAGGCUCAGGCCGAACACCAGCACCUCCACCACCACGAUGACUCGGGCGCUCCCUCGUCGGCCAUGGUCAUCGAGCCUGGCUCGGCGGCGUCGUCCGACUCGCACCGCCACAAACGCAGCAAGACGAGUUCGCCUACCCCUUCUCGACCCGCUUCUCCUCGCCCUCCUUCUUCCCGACCCUCGCUCCUCCCCGCCAGCGCCGACUCAGCACCCGUCGUCCCCCUCACCCGUCCCUGGAAACACGUUUACUGCGAACGCCUCGCCAUCGAGCGUAACUGGCGUCGCGGGACCUGCGCAGCGACGGUCCUCUCAGGCCACACCGACUCGAUCACCUGCCUCCAGGUCGCCGAGGACCUUCCGCACCCCAACUUCCCCGUCCUCAUGACUGGUUCUUGGGACCGCUCGGUGCGGAUCUGGAACCUCGAGACGGGCAAGGAGGUCGGCGUCUUGCGCGGGCACACGAGGGGCGUCCGGGCGCUCCAGUUCGACGCGCUCAAGCUCGUUACGGGAUCGAUGGACUCGACGCUCAAGAUCUGGAAUUGGCGGACGGGCGAGUGCAUGCGGACGCUCCGAGGACACCGGGACGCGGUCCUCUGCCUCACGUACGACAAGCAGCUGCUCGUCUCCGGUUCGGGGGACAGUACGAUCCGCGUCUGGGACUUUGGGACGGGCGAGGUCUACACGUUGCGCGGCCAUACGGAGUGGGUCAACUCGGUCGCGCUGUGGGACUCGAAGACGGACGGGUGCGAGCCUUCGCCUUCGACUAUCGGCGGUCCCGCUUCUGCCGCAGAUCUCGGCGCGCCCAUCAGCAACCCCGAGCAGGCGAAGCAGUCGAGUAUGGGCAAGUACCUCUUCUCCGCCUCGGACGACGCGACCAUUCGCGUGUGGGACUUGUACACCCGCUCGUGCGUGCGCGUCUUGUCCGGCCACGUCGCGCAGGUCCAGAGUCUCAAGGUGUACGUCGUCGGACCGGGCGAGGGACAAGGGUCGGCGGCGUUCCCCGACUCGCUCCUCCAGCCUCCUGCGACGACGCCGGGCGAGGACGAGCCGUUCGAGGGCGCGGACUCGGCACUCUCGACUGCCCGCCCGAAUUGUACAGCGAACCAGCGCCUCCCGCCUGCUCCGCCCGCCUCCCUCCUCAACCCCGCCGUCUUCACCGGCCAAACCGCCCGUCCGCUCUUCCCCACCGCGCCAGCCCAGCCCGACUUCGAGUUCCCCUCCGACAAGAAACCAAUGGUUGUCUCGGCUUCGCUUGACAACACCGUGCGCGUCUGGAACGUCGAGAGCGGUCAGUGUGUCCGCCAGCAGUUUGGGCACCUUGAGGGCGUGUGGAGCGUCGAUGUCGACAAGUUGAGGAUCGUGUCGUGCAGUCAUGACAGGACUAUCAAGAUCUGGGACCGCGACUCGGGGAAGAACUUGCACACCAUCGUCGGUCACAAGGCAGCAGUCACGUCCGUCCUCCUCACCGACCAGUCUGUCAUCUCCGGCUCAGACGACGGCGAGGUUCGCGUCUGGAGCUUUGCGCCGAGGGACUGA